AUGGCUCCCAUUCCACAAAACAGCUCAACAGAGGUAUCACUAUUGCAUCCGAAAGUAUUGCUUCUUUCCGCUGGAAUUACGACCACUGCGUUUUUGUCCUACAAAUUUCACCAGAGGUAUGUUACUAGAUUAAGAACCUAUUUGGACAUAACACCCAAAAUAUUGGACAACCAGCAGAAAUUGUACGGGUAUGUUACACGAGUAGGUGAUGGAGAUAACUUCCGCUUUUUCCAUACUCCUGGUGGAGUUUUCAUGGGUUGGGGCUGGCUUCGUAAAAUUCCUACCAAUAGAAACCAGUUGAAAGACGAGACGUUAAUGAUUAGAUUAUGUGGAGUAGAUGCUCCAGAACGUUCCCAUUGGGGCAAACCAGCACAGCCAUUUUCAGAAGAAGCACUCAUUUGGUUGUCCUCGUAUGUUGGAAAAAGAUACGUGACGGUGACCCCAUUCUCUAUUGACCAGUACAAGCGAUUAGUGGCACGAGCUCAGGUAUGGAAAUGGACUGGCAAAAAAGAUGUUAGUGCAGAAAUGAUUAGACAGGGCCUAGGAAUAGUAUACGAAGGAAAACUGGGAGCAGAGUUCGGCGAUAAUGAAGCAUUAUAUAGAAACUUGGAAGCCAAGGCCAAGAGACAGAAGAAAGGAGUAUGGUCUUUGGGAAAGAAGAUGACGACUCCAGGCGAGUUCAAAAGAGAACACUACAGAGGAGACUAG